AUAAAUAUGUUACCGAGCAGCAUGUAGCUUCAUAUGUACGACGUGUCUGUCAUAAAUUCGGCCUACAUUAUCAAAAUGUAAUUUGUUAAAACUGAUUGAUUUAUAGAAAGUGAGGGACGAUUUGUUAAAAAAUAUUUGGCAAAAUGACAUCAUUGAAUAACGUAUUGAAAGCUAUAGAAGCGUUGAAAUCAGCUCAAGAAUCGAACAUUUUUCUGUCAGAUUCGAAUACAAGGAAAGAUAAAUUAACAUGUUGCAUGACAAUAACAGAAGGAAUAUGUUCACCAACUGUCAAACUAGCAACCAAGUUUCCUCAGGUACUUAGUCUUUCAAUUGAAACUUUAUUGACACUGUGCAAUGACGAUGACUCUGAUGUCAGAAUGGUAGCAGAUGAAACAUUAAAUAAAAUUAUAAGGGCGAUGGCUGAUAGUAAUAUCGUUAAAGUUCAAAUAGAACUUUACAAUGAAAUAAAAAGAAAUGGGCCUGCUAGAACAUUAAGAGCUGCUCUUUGGAGAUUUGGUCUUCUUAGCCACAUGAUACGCCCUACAAGAGGAAAAGCAUACGUAUCUAAUUUAAUACCCUGUAUAAUAGUUAUCUCACAUCGUUCUGAGGAAUCUGUAAUUGAAACACUGUCACAAUCGUUACCAUUAAUUAUGAAAGCAUUAGGGCCAUUUAUGACAGACAAUGAUGUCAAGAUAUUACUAAAAGCAUUCUUUGAAAAUAUAUCCUCUGUACAGGCAGCAUUUCGCAGAGCUGCAGCAAAUAUGAUUUUAGCAACAUGUUUGAAUUGCCGUAAACCACAGUUUUUCUUGAAUUAUGUAUUGAAACAUCUUUUAGGUGUCGUAGUGCCUAUAAACGAAGAUGAAAGUCGUAUAGCAACUAUUAUUGGUAUAUUUGGUUGUAUAAGAAUAAUUUUGCCACACAUAUGCAUCUCUUCAGAAGAUCCAGAUGAUGAAAUUAUAGACAUAGAUAGCUUGUUACAAAUUUAUGAAUUAUGUUUACAUUAUACAAAGUGGCACUCUGAUCAUAAUGUUAUAAAUGCUGUUUUGGAGACGUUAACUCAGUUUUUAAAAUCACCUCCAAAAGUUUUAGUAUCAUUAUUAUUAUCAAACAAAGGCUUAACACAUAGCAGAAUAGCAGUGAAUCAAAAUGAAAUGACAUUAUCGUUAAGUCAAGCAAGCACUUCUAGUGUUGCAACUGCUUGUGGAGAAUGUUCUGAUUACACAUUAAAUUUACUUGAUUCCGAUAUACCUGAAAUAAAUCCAAAGAUAGAAAAAUGGAUGUUAGAUUCUGAAACUGUACCUCCUUUGCAAAAUUUACAAAUUCCAAAGGAAUGCGCAAAUAAUGUAAUAGAAACGAAAGGAAAGGUUUUAGAAAAUUAUAGUGAUUUGAAGAUUGGAGUUAUUGAUAAUGCAACGAUCGAAGAGGGUAGUGAUGUUGGAAGUGAAAUAGAAAAAUCGGAGAAAAUUUAUUCGAGUUUACAAAGCGAGGCAAGAGACGUGGAUUAUAUUGAAGAGGUCGCUUCUCCUAAAAAACUUUCUUUAGAUUUCUCAUUACGAGAAAUAGACAUUGGAACUUUUAUAGAUACUGAUAUGCCGUUAAAAUACUGUUGUCGUUAUUUGGUAUCAUCUUUCCUCUUAACUGGCAAUGUCGGUCAUGUAAUACCAGACAAAUAUUUUCGUGUUAGUGUAAAAUCUCUCGCUUUAACUUGCGUGGCUUAUAUUUUAAAGCUUUGCCCGAAUUUGUUUUUAAUUUCUGUUGCUAAAGAACCAAAUUCUGACGAGAAUAUACAAAUGAUAACGGAUGUCUUAUUAUUUGCAAGUCAUCCAGAUCCUCAAAUUAGAGGUAAUAUAUCAAUUAUUAUUGGUACAUUUCUGAAAUCUGUAUAUACUCAAUAUGGAGGAUCUUUUAAAAAGUUUGAGACAGAAAUCAGUGAUAAGAAAUUACAAGGAAUUAUAUCGUUAAAUAAUUUAAUUAAAUUACUUUUAAAAGGAUUAGAAGAUGAUUCUGCUACCACGUGCCGGCAAACGUUAACAGCAUUCAGUUUAUGUCUACCAGAAUUGUUGGAAUCUGUUGACAAUAAACAUGGAAUCACUGUGUUAACUGCAUUACCUCAACUAGUAAAGAACCCAUAUUUUCUGGUAAAAGUUAAAUUAGUGGAAUUAUUGAGUGAGAUAUCAUAUGUUACUAUAGAACAUAUAACUGGUGGAUCAAUGUUUCAAGAACAUUUUAUCGAUGUUAUUGUAACGCUGUUAGGUGACCAAGAUCAAAGAAUUAGACACGCAGCAUCAGAUGCUAUUGUAAAGAGUAUUCCCUUAUUGCAUUUCCAACAGCCGCACGAUGAUGUUAUUACGCGAAAAGCUGUACAAUAUACGGAACAAUAUUUGAGUGCCGUAACUCGGAGUUCGGUAGAAUUGUCUUCUUGUCAAGAGAAACAAAAGUUCUUUAUAAAUACGUCUAUACAACCAUUUUCAGCUUUAAAUUUUCAUAACUCAACGAAUUAUCGUUCAAAUGUAGAAUACUCGUUGUCGAUUGUAAUCAACAUACUGGCAGAAAUUCUUGGAGUACAAUCAUCGAAGUAUUUAGUGUAUGGGUGUUGUGAAGCUUUGUUUCGUUUAAGUGAUGUGUAUAACACUACAAUAUAUACUAGAGGAUGGGAUUGUAUUUCACCAAAAACAUUGUUAAAGAAGUCUCACAAAAAGAACGGUAGUCGAUUAGAUAUUAGCGAAUCAAAUUUUACAAGUGAUAUGAUGCCAUCGUCCGUGAGCAACGGCCUUUUAUCUUUAGCUCUAUCGUUACUUUCAUCAUCUCCUAUAAGCUUAGAUUUAUUAACGCAUAAGCAUUUGGUACUUCUUGCUGGCAAUCUUGCAUCAGGUCUAGCUUUUUGCAAUUUUAAACCCAACGAUCCGACCAAAAGUUGGUGGGGAACGUUUAAAGAUAAACAAAUAGAAUUGUUGUUAAUGCACAUUACAAGAGUAUUAAAUAUAUUUGUUCACAUAAUUGAUGAUGUACAAUUGCAAGGUAGUACAAAAACGACGUUACCGUCUUUAUCAUCAACGCAAUCGUUAUCUCCAAAGAAAAAGUUAAUACCUGAACCGAAGCUGAAAGAGAAAGGAGAAAGAUUUGGAAGCUUGAAAUUCGGGAAAGAGCAAAUGGGUGCAUUUGUUUCAAUACCGCAUUACAUGAAAAUGUAUGAAAUUCUUAAAGCAGCUCAUUUGAAUUACUCAGCCACUCUUGAACCGCAUGCCAGCGAAAUGUAUUUGUCUCUGUUAAAUGCAAUUUUAGAUGUUCUAUCGCAAAUUCUUGAAAUUAUAUCCAUCAAUGAAGCAGCCCAAAUUGCAGAAGAAAUAUUAUAUUAUCUACAGAGCACUGUCGUAUUAUCCCCAACUGCGACUGUUCAGUGUGUUCAGCAGUUGUUGAAGUGUUUAUUCAGUACAAACGUGUAUGCACAGUGGAAUGAAUUAGAUGUGCAGAAGAACUCGGACAGGAUGACCGCAUUACGGAAUGAUAUUAAAGGAUUUUAUAAUCAUUGCUUUCAAAAUCCUGCAAGACAAAUGGCAGAUACUAUAAAAUCCAUGGGGAACAAUUGCAGGGGUGAAAACGAACCAGACACUGGAUGGGUGGGUUUGUUACAUAGAAAAGGUGAUAGAAAAUUCUUUUCUAUUUUUAAAAAUUUAUCGCGAUCAUCUGAUCAAAAAACUUCUGUAGCGUCAUUCAUUCGUCUUUUCGAACCAAUGGUUAUAAAAUCUUUAAAACAAUAUACUGUAACAAGUAGCGUGUCAUUGCAGUGUCAAGUAUUAAUGCUGCUUAGUCAGCUAGUACAAUUAAGAGUCAACUAUUGUCUGCUAGAUUCUGAAAGAAUAUUCAUCGGGUUCGUAUUAAAGCAGUUCGAAUUUAUUGAGGAAGGCCACGUGAAACAAACAGAGGAUCUAUUGCCAAAAAUUUUCAACUUUUUGGUUCAUUUGUCAUAUGAAAAAAACCAUUCGAAAGCCAUAAUAGGAAUUCCAAAGAUAAUACAACUGUGCGACGGACUUAUGGCAAGUGGUCAGCCAGCACUCACACAUUGUAUACCAGCUCUGGCUCCAGUAGUGGAAGAUGUAUUUUUAAUCAGAAACGCAAGUUCAAACCCAGUGGAACAAAGAGAGCUUGAGACAACAAGAGAAGUCUUAAUUUCGAUGCUUUUACGUCUUGUGGAAUAUUACCAAAUCAUCGAGCUACUGGCGUUAUGUUUAACAGAGUCUAGAUUCAGCGGAGAUGGUAAUGGAGAAGAGAAAUGGAGAAGAUGGUCCAGACUAACAAUGGACUCUGUCCUUCCUAUGCUAGCAGCAGGAAAAGUACGCGUGGAAUCGGAGAAAGCACACGUAGCUUUGGUUAAAUUAUUUGCAGCUAUUUCCCCCACGGUUUUUAGACCAGUCGAUCCUCUUUUAAAAGUACUUCUUGUUAAACCUGACUCUCUGGAUACUUCAAACCUGAGGUUGAAACGAUGGUUAGGAAUGGUGAAUGUUGUUUUGUUAGCUUUGAUAGCAUGCUCAAAAGAGGAAGCAAUGCUUGCCCGACUUUCCGACUUAAGUACAAAUAUGUCUGAACUGUCUCAAUCAUUUUUCCAUCCAAAAUCUCGGACCACGGACCCUCUGAAUGUUUUGGACAGUCAGUCAGCCGAAAUACCUCCAGAAAGAAUAUUGGCUAGAUUUAUAUUUAAAGUUAUUAAUUUAGUGGGUUGUAAGGUUUACAAUUUUCUUGGAUUGAUUGAUCAUAAACUCAACGAUCCGUACGUUACAUUUUCCGAAUCAAUGGAAAAUAAUUCCUAUUUAAUCCAUCAGUUUGCAUUCUUCCUGCAAUUAUGCAUUCAUAUGUUCGAGUCUGGAAGCCACUGCAAAGUAGCAAACGCUGUUAUACAAAUGAUUCAAGGUCGGAACGUUCUCGAAGACGAAAAGCUGCCGAUCUCCGAUUUAAAUUAUUUAAUGUUAAAUAUUGGGAACAAGUGUCCAGUGUUAACUUGCCAGUGGGCUUACUUAAUGACUUUAUUAGGGUACAAUGAAAUGAAUUUUUGGUCCAAAAUAUUAGGCACUCGUCGAACAGAAUAUGUCGUGCAUUGUUCUCCGAGUGAAGAGAAGAACGUGGAUCAUGCCAGCAGCAUUAAUAUUCAAAUUAUUAGGAAAGGUGGCAUUAUAUUAUUCUGUGAUUACGUCUGUGAGAAUCUGAGCGAUGCAGAACCUUUAACAUGGUUGUUAGUCAAUCAUACAGAAGAGACAGUAAGUAGUGCCAUCGAGUCUCCUGUUAGAGACCUAUUGACAACAGCUAUACAUAGAAAUCCUGCCGCUAGUGGACUGUUGGUACAAGCGAUCGCGACUAAAUGCACAGACUUGUCACAACCCAGUUUCGUUAAACGGCUCCUGGAAUGUAUAGAAGGCGCUCAUCAUUCUCAAAGUGGAGCUGUCUUAAUGACAUUGAUACCGAGAUUAUUAUCCACCAAAUAUCUCGCUCUGUCCAGGAUGGCGGCGAAAAUAGCUAGUCGAAGAGUAGAGAUUUUACUGACCACACCUGUUGCUGAUGUGACGAAGCAAUUAUCAAAAGAGGACUUUGCCAAGAUCAUGGAAAUUCUGCAAGUGAACAAGUUAGCCAAGAAACACGGUGGAUUGGUUAGUCUGUUAAAUAAAUUAGGUGUGCAAUAUUACGACUUGUCUCCUUUGGAGCUCGACCAGUGUAGACCAUUCAAUCCAUCCACCGUGAAAAGUAUUCAACUGGAUCGUAAUUGGUUUUUGUCCCAAGUAAGAUUACGAUGUUGUAAUUCCAACGCUGGUCACAAUUUGUCGGAAGCAGCGCAGUUAUUAAGGAUAUUGAAUUUCGACGAUUGCCUUGGUAUUCUGUCUUCCAAAGAGUUCAAUAUCUCGAUAUUGAAGCCCUGCAUAAUAUUGGGUGUACGAAUGAGCGUGGAGAAGUGCCAAAAGUUAGAGUUCGGCGUAGCACAGAAUGAAAAGGAUUUUAAUUUCGAGACUAGCCCCUUGUACAGUGCUGCGAAACAAUGUUUAUUGGAGCACGUUCAUUACGUCAGCGAUUUGAUACCAAAACCGCAUCAAAUUUACAAUCCAACUAGGUCGAAUGGCAAUUCGAAAGAGUUGAAAUAUGCCCAUCGUCUUGACGAACUUUUAAGCGAGUCGGUAUAUUGGGAUGUACUUUUCCAGCUGAUACCAGCUGUGAAGAUAUACAUGAAAACAUUGUCAAAAUUAGCUAAGUAUAAUUUAGCGAAAAUCGAUAAGAAAUCUGAGGAAGAUCUGGCGAAGUUUGCAACACUUUGCCUCGAGCUAGUACACUGGAUGGUACAUUGUGACGAGGAGAAAAUGAAGAAAUUGAGACCAAAGAACAUGGAGCUUGCAUUAAGCUGUGCAUCAGAGAUUCUAAAGCAUCCUGGUCCAAAUAAAAUUUUUGGAGAAAAUACGAGGUAUUCGUGGGUCUGUAGCAGUGCUGCUUCAUUGAAGAGAGUAGUGGAAUAUCUAUUAUCGACAGUGGAUGCUUUGCCAGUUAUAGAUACAAUUGCUUUAGAGCCAGCAUUGGAAGACGAGGCUACCAGAGACUUUGCUCAUGCUUGCACACGAAUGGCCGGUCUUGUCGCUUGGUUGGAACAAUGUCAGAAGAAACAGUUAUCCACAAAUAUUCCACGCUACUUGUUCAAUACAGUACAGGAUCUAAUCGUUAGUAUCAGUCGUCAACCGCUGGUAAAUUCUUACAUCUUAAUACCACCAUUGGUUUGGAAGCAAAACUGGAACAUCGUUGGUUCUGGUCCGACCAAAUGUUACUUCCCGUUGUUGUCCUCCGAGUCGAAUCUCCUUCAGGAAGUGGAAAUUUUGGAGCAGUUCAUUUACAGGAUAAACCUGUUAGGUUGGGUCUCUCGGUUGCAAUUUGAAGAAAUGUGGAUGGCCCUUUUGGGAAUGCUUAAUCUUUCACAGAACGAGAACGUGUCCACGGAAGACAUACCAGCGUUGAUUCAAGCCAGCAGUUUAGCCGUACAGGCAAUUACGAAAUUAUUAUUGCAAACUUUGCUUCUCCCUUAUCCUGGUAAUCCAAGGGCCAGCGCUCUGAUUCAUUAUCCGAGGGAUCCUCAACUAUCAGUUCAUAAAAUUAGCUCUCAAAAAUUAUACGCGGUUCAAGACUUGCUCACGUGGAAAUAUGAGUGUAUGAACGACUUGGAGACAGUUGAUAAUUUGAAUAUGGAUCACAUCUUCCAUCGGGGAAACGUGGAAAGGGUUGCGAACUCGAACAAGUAUACGUACAGUCAACUCUCUGUAUCGUAUUUAUGGUCAUUGUGUAACUUGUACGAGGACAAGUUGAACGCCUCCGUCCUCAACUUGAAGAACAGAAGAAACGACGCGCUAAUGUCUGCGUCUCUUGAUUUGGAUUCCUGUCUUCGUUUCUUAAUAGAACUUUACACGUGCUGGAUGUCUCCUCAGGCCAAUACAUCUAUACAAUUGCUCACCGAAGUUAUUAAGUCUAUUCUGGCAAUCUCUGAAUUAUUUGUGGAGAGAACACAGUACCAAUGGAUGUUGGAUAUGUGCUUAGAACUCUCAAGAAUUCAUCCAGCAGAGAAUGUUAUUCUACAUCAAUAUUUAGUGGUCUCUGUGUGCAAGGCUGCUGCAGUGCUGACACCGUUGGACUUUGAAACGUUGGAUAAAGUUAAGCGUCUGGUAGACGCGAAUCUUAAAUCGAGUUUCUUACCCGCAAAGGUAUCCGCCCUCCACGGUUCAUUGUAUCUGUUGCAAAGCGCUGUGCUUGCAAAUUGCGAGGAAACAAUGAAUAUUAUACAUCCGUUGGCAAUAGAGUACAUACAGAAACAUCUGGAUGCGCAAGAUUUGAAUGGCGUGUUAAGUCAAAGUGAAGAUCAUCAAGGCGUGAUGUGGGCUCUGGUAUUUUUUUUACUGGAACAUGCUGAAGACACUCCGCCAGACGCAGAAGCGCCAGCUGUGUUGGAAUUGGUUCUUACUUUACUUACGUCGCAAAAUAUUUCUUGUAGCUUGCAUCAAACACUCUUGCAGGGGCUCGAGCGACUCGUAGCAACCAAAAGCGUGAUUGGAAAAGUAGCCGAACAGAUAGUGAAAGUAGCGAUCGAUCGCUUAAAACAACCCAGCCCUAUGUUAUCGCUGCCAGCGUUACAAUUGUUGUUGACUUGCAUGUAUACGGAAGCAGCAGAUAGAUUAAACCAACCAGAAACGGAAGAACCAUUACCGGACGUCGAACCAGAGGCAUUAGUUCGAUCCAUAGAGCGCACUUCGGCGAUUUUUGACAAGAUCAGGAGAGGACACUCCAUGGAAGUGGAGCUUCUGUGUACAGUUUUGUCCGGUGUGCUCGGGGAUUUCUUCCCGCCGUCGGAAAUCCUGACUAAAGUCAUAGGAGAAUUUUUGUCACCGCAACAACCUCAUCCGCGGUUACUUUCCGCCGUUGUUUUUAAAGUUUGUAUCACUGUGUGUAUAACAGUGUAGAAGAAUUUAUUGAACACUAAUACAUUGUUAAUUUAUUGUUACUCUAUACAAAAUCUAUGCAAUUAUUUUUGCAAUUAAAUUAGAAAAUGUCCAUGUUUAUUACAGUGAAAAGUUAUGCAAAGUAAUUCAGAAUAAUUUCUUUUUCUUGCAGGUGUGCGAAAGAGCGUGCACUUGUGCCCAAAUGGAACUUCUUCAAGACUGGGUUGUAUUUAGUUUACCAAACUUCAUUCAGAGUUUGCCAAUUACGAUGUCAACGUGGUGUUUAUCUUGUUUCUUUAUCAGUGCAUCUACGAAUCAAUGGCUGAGAGCAUUGUAUCCUUCCACCACUGUUUCCACACAUCUAAUAAUUUGUCACUGAUAUAUAGUCAUUUGUCAAAACAUGUUCCUUAACAUUCUACCCAGAUUUCCCUAUAUCCAAUCAAGGAUUGGAAAAUACGACUACGAGGAUAAGAAAAUAUUGUGCAUCGCUGCCUCGGAUUUCUAUCGAAAGUUAUCCAAGGACGCCCAAAAGGCUGCUUUCGUGGAAACUUUUGAAGCAGCAGCAAAGGAACCUGGCACUCCAUUCAGUGACAUUUUAGCGUCCUUCUAGCUAGUCCUAACAUCGAUACGAGAAAGUUAAAUCAAAACGAGAAGUAAUUCCGCUCUUAAUUCUCUUUGUAAAUUGAUGUACAAUCAUUGUGCGGUUUCGGCUCGUUGCGUGUACAGUUGUAUGUGUAUGUGAUGAUAUUUAUUUUACAUCGUGUCCCGUCGGGAAGAGGUAACACGUUUACAAUAAACAAUAUUUUUUAAAUACCUUGCGUUUGUGCAUCUUAAAUGACUGUUCCUUGUAAAGUGAAGAUUUUCUCAGUUGACGUUACAUGAUGUACCGAUUGCCUUUUUACUGCGUCUCUGUUUGAUUUGUUUCAUAUAGAAGCACAGAUGUACGGUACUGUAAUAGAAUAUUUCAACGAAGGAUAACACACUAGCUCCUAGAAACAAUCCUGCCGCACCUCCGACGCCAGCUGCG